AUGCCACACAAAGUCAAUGAUUCCAACUCAACGCUAGCUAGCAGAGGGAGCAGCAAUGACCAAGUGGUAGCCACCGAAGUCCGGAGUCUGACAACCAAUCCAGUCCGCAAACCUCCGGUAGUCGUCCACAACAAGGGCGGCCGAAUCUACGAUGAAACGCGGACCUCUGACUGGGACAAACAACGCUGGAAGUAG